GCUAACGAUAAUGAACGAUAAGCGUGCGACCAUGCGUCGCUCCAAACUGCUCCUCUUUCAUCUUCUAAUAUUUUGUCUAUUCCCGAGAAUUCAAUGUGAAGUUUCGGAGAACGAGAUUCCCCUAGAUGAAUCACCUGAGACCGAAAUCGUGGAUACAGCGGAGGAAGAGAUAGAACCGGUUGUGGAAGAUGUUGAGGACGAAUCUGGUGAUGUCAGAGAGGAGGAAGUGAACAAAGUGGAGCAAAUCGAGAGACUAGUUCCGGAUUUUGAAAAUAUGACCUUGGAGGAGGCUUACAAAGCCGCAGUUAAUACUUAUCUGGAUGAGCAUUGGGAUGAGUGUAUCAUUGGAUUCAAUCAUUUUCUUCAAAGAUACAAAUCCUACAAAAACGCUGUAAUCAAUUGCCGAAAGAAGUGCCGCAGUGAAGCAUCAGCAGUUUCCCCAAUUUUCGCUGAGAACGUGGAAGACCUGCACUUCUAUGAGAAAAAAAUUCGCGAAACAUUGUGUCUCCUAAACUGCAAUCAAGAUUACCGAGACGUAGUAGGUCCACAGGCGCUCAAGCGCCUCCCCAAAGAGAUAGAGAAGGAAAUUUUCGGACUAAAGCCCUAUGAGUACCUUCACAUCUGUUACUACCAGAGAAAUCGGUUCCAAGAAGCUGCUAACGCACUCUUCACAUAUAUGACGUUUCAUCCACAGCACGAGUUGAGCUCAAAGAAUCUUCGGUACUACUUAACUUUGAAGGAAGUUGAUGAAAAUGAAGUGAAAAAUUUAGAAAUGUCACCUUUUCUCGAAUAUUACAUGAAAGCUGUUAAAGCUUAUGGGGAGAAGCUCUAUGAAGACGCCGCGGAGAACUUUGAAAAAUCUUUGCAGUUGUAUAUGAAGUCUGAGGAUGAAUGCAGGCUCUACUGCGAGGGCUCCUUUGAGCAGGGAUGGCAUCCCGAGUUUACUUCUUCUAUAGCAAAUCAUUUCACGUACUGCUUAAAGUGCAAAAGACUGUGCUCCCAAUUGCUGAACAACUUCAACGGCGACUAUCAAAGGGACCUUCUACCGAGUCACUACAACUACUUACAAUUUGCCUAUUACAAAUUGGGCGAGAUCAAGAGCACUUGUCAAGCAGUUGAGAGUUACCUGCUCUUCUAUCCCGCUGAUGAGACAAUGCUGAAUAAUAAAGAGUACUAUAAGAAAUUACCAAAGGUGGAGGAGCAACAGGAUGAGUUCUUCACUCCACGUCCGGAGGCAGUUAAUUAUGUUAAACGCCAAGAGUACGAGUUGAGAAUUCUCAGAUAUAUCGCUGAUGAAUUCACAGCGAUUGAUGCUAGAAUGUCCGAUGCAAAAAAAUCUGAUGCUUAUAAUGAAAAGACGAAGGGACAUCGCUCGUUCCGACAUGUGUACAUGAACGAAUCGAGAGCGGGAAACAUGAGUCAACAGAAGGGAGGACCGAAUUCGAGGCGGGAAUCGCAAACUCCGCAAAUCCGAGGAAUAAAGGUCAUUGCAGAGGAGAAGGAACUGGGAGGAAAGCAGAGAUACUUGGCUGAAGGGUUUUUGAAAGAAAAAGAGUGCAAAUCGCUAAUUCAAUUAGCGGAGAUCGCAGCAGUCGAAGGAGACGGAUACACCAAUAACAAGAGUCCUCAUUCCAAAUUCGAGAAGUUCGAAGGCCUGACAUUAGGAAGAACAGCUCUGAUGGUCUACCUCGGUCUCCUCGAGCCAAUCCACCUGGAGCUCUUCCUCCGAGCCACUGAACUCGCCCGCAGUCACGUAGAAGAAUACUUCCAUCUCCCUCAAUCCCUCUACUUCACAUACACCCACUUGGUCUGCCGAUCGGCUCUCCCUGAAUUAUCUCCGGAUGGAUUGACAUUCAGUCACGAGAUCCACGCAGACAAUUGUCUGGCGAUUAAAGAAGGAGUCUGUCUCCAUCAGAAUCCUGCAUUCACAUGGAGAGACUACUCAGCCAUUGUCUACCUCAACGAUGACUUUGAGGGCGGUGAGUUUGUGUUUUCGGCUGAUCCCAAGGCCAGAAUCAUCGAGAGCAGAGUGAAGCCAAAGUGUGGACGCAUGGUCGCGUUCUCCGCUGAUGGCAAGAACCUCCACGGAGUCCAGGGGAUCAAGAAAGGGAAGAGAUGUGCUCUCGCUCUGUGGUUUACCCUGGAUGAGAGGUACAUCGAGAGUGAGAGGAGACUGGCCCAUGUAAUCCUGGACAGGGUCAAUUUGAAAGGCCCUGUGAAAGUCGACAGGGACUUUUCCAUUCCUAGAAAUUACGAGACAAUGCUCUUCGAUAAAUUCAGGGAGGACGCAGUUCUGAAAGUACUUCUAUCGUCAUCCUAGUAAUAUCUUCUUGAGAGAGGGAAAAAAUAGUAUUCUUAUUUGUUGUUAACGUUCCUUUAGUUGUACGUAUCAUUUAGUGAUUCAUUGGUGGUUAGUAUUUUUUUAGAUCGCUCAGUGCUGGACACUCAAGGAAAAAAUUGUGGCUGGCACCAAAGAUUUUUUUCUUCUCGGAAUUUCCGGAAGGUAUUCUUGAACGGAGAAUAUUCAUUUCUGAAUUCAGUAGCGAAGCGGUAAGAACAUUUAAGUCGAUUUUGACUACUGGCCAGUUUUUAAUGAAUAUCUCGGAAUCUAAGGGACUAGCUAGCACGGUAAAGGGGGCGCAAAGUGACGGGCAUGGAAAAAUUCCAGUGCUAGCACUGGAAAUUUUAUUUGGGAAAACUUGAAUUUUUCCCCGUAUUUCUGUGAAA